AUGGUAAAAGCAUUUCUAAGUCCUGUCUAUAGUCCGUUUAGACUUUUGCUUGGAGCCAUAUUUGUGAUAAUUUCAUUUGUAACAACAUAUUUCUCAUUCCCAUCAGACGUUCCUCCUCAAACGGGAGUUCAAUAUACAAAAAUUCCAAAAGGAGUAUGGAUAUUAUAUUCAGGUACGUUCGGCAAUCCGGAAAAUGACAGCAGAUGGAUACAUUGGAGAUACCCUAAAGGCGAAUAUUCCAAUGAUUGGUAUGAACCUCCUUUAAAUGUCCCUUCUCUCACGUAUCCUCAAUUAGGUUUAUAUUCCUCUCAUGAUGAAUCAGUAAUUAGAACUCAUUGUCAGCAAAUAUCUGAAGCAGGAAUCGAAGCAAUUAUUUUAUGUUGGUGGGGAAAGAAUUCUACAGACAGAUUUUUAGAUGAUACUGAUGGUUACAGUGAUAAAACCAUGGAAUUACUAUUGAAAAUUGCUCCUGAAUUUAAAUUAAAAGUUGGAAUUCAAAUUCAACCGCAUCAGAAGCGAAAUGCAACUGUUGUUGUCGAAGAAAUACAAUAUAUAUUAGAUAAAUAUGCUACAAAUCCUAAUUAUUUAACAGUUAACAAGCGUCCUGUCAUUAUUAUUUACGAAUUCUUUUCAAUUAAAGAUGCAAAGCUUACCUGCAAUCAGUUUAAGAAUAAUCCUUACAUAAUCGGCUCAGUUACACAAAAAUCAGACAUUGCUUCCAAUCUUGAGAACUGUAUGGAAGCAAUGUUUACUUAUUUCGCAGCCAUUGAUACUACAUGGUCAUCAAAGACCAAGGAAUGGGAAGGGGUAUCUAAAGAUGUCCGUUCUCGUGGUUUGGCCUUCAUUCCUGGAAUUGGACCAGGACACGACCGAGGAAAGGUCGACCACUGGAACAAAGCUGAAAGAAGUAGAGAAUCUGGCAAGUAUUAUAGAGAUAGAUGGGAAGAUGCAAUAAGAGUGAAAGCAGACACGAUUAUCAUUAAUUCUUUCAAUAAUUGGGUUGAUAAUUCCCAUAUUGAACCUGCUGUUAAUCGUUCGGGAUUUGAAUUUAGUCAUAGAUCCUGGGCUGAAGCAAAUAAUCCAGAUUUAUAUCUGGAAAUCACAAGAAACUAUUCUGUUAAGUAUUUGUAUUCAUAA